AUGGAGCAGCAUACGCCAAAGAAGAUGAGUCAAGGACCUACACUUUUCUCUUGUGGAAUUAUGGAAAAUGACAGAUGGAGAGACCUGGAUAGGAAAUGCCCUCUUCAGAUUGACCAACCGAGUGCCAGCAUCUGGGAAUGCCUCCCUGAAAAGUGUCAGGACAGCUCACUGUGGCACAGGGAGACGGUUACCGCCUGCACUGUGACCAGCCUGAUCAAAGAUCUCAGCAUCAGCGACCACAACGGGAACCCAUCAGCACCUCCCAGCAAGCGCCAGUGCCGGUCACUGUCUUUCUCUGAUGAGAUGUCCAGCUGCCGGACAUCAUGGAGGCCCUUGGGGUCCAAAGUAUGGACUCCUGUGGAAAAGAGACGCUGCUACAGUGGGGGCAGUGUGCAGCGCUAUUCCAAUGGCUCUAGCACCAUGCAGAGAAGCUCCAGCUUCAGCCUCCCUUCUCGUGCUAACACACUCUCAUCACCCUGCGACCAGGUGGGGCUUCACCACCGAUUUGGGGGGCAACUCUGCCAAGGGGCACGAGGAUUAGCCCCCUCUGGACAGGUGGGUGACACCUGGAGCCCUGACCCACACCCUGUAGGAGGGGGCCGGCUGGACCUGCAGCGGUCCCUCUCCUGCUCACACGAGCAGUUUUCCUUUGCGGAAUACUGUCCACCCUCAGCCAACAGCACACCUGCCUCAACGCCAGAGCUGGCCAGACGCUCCAGUGGGCUCUCCCGCAGCCGCUCCCAGCCAUGUGUCCUUAACGACAAGAAGGUGGGCAUUAAACGGAGGCGCCCUGAAGAAGUGCAGGAGCAGAGGCCUUCCCUAGACCUUGCCAAGAUGGCACAGAACUGUCAGACCUUCAGCAGCCUCAGCAGCCUCAGCGCGGGCAUGGAGGACUGCGACCCCCAGGGCCCCUUCGCUCUCCACAUCAGCAGCACCAGGUCCUGGACCGCCUUGCUGUCAGCCUCUGGCCCGGGGGGCAGGACCCCUGCCGGGACCCCUGUACCCGAGCCUCUUCCCCCCUCCUUCGACGACCGCCUCAUCUGCCAGGAGGACCUAUCCUGUGAGGAGUCGGAUGGCUGCGCCCUGGACGAGGACUGCGGCAGGAGAGGGGAGCCGGCCACAGCCUGGCGGGACCGCGGGGCUGCUGGGAACAGCCUCUGCUCCCUGGAUGGCGAGUUGGACAUUGAACAGAUAGAGAACAACUGAAGGGCCAUAGGCCCCAGGCAGGGGUGGGGUGCAUUAGAAUCCAUGGGCCUCCCUCUGGGCACUAGGUGGGUACUUGAGAGGGGGAGCCCAACUCCUGGGCCUGACAAAAGCUUCCUGAGAGGCAUCAUGUCCUAGAGGGGAGCCCCCCACCUCCUGAGGAGGGGCUGUCCAGCCCGCAGUGCCAGCUCCGUGAAAGCUGGCCAUACCAUGCACCAGCUACUCGCAUGUUGGCCACCAGGUCCACGGAACUACUGUAGCCCAUAGAGCAGCUUUUUGGUUUGGGUCUUUUCCGCCUUUUUCCUCGUGGGAUGUUGGGCAGUCUCUGUCAUCUCCCCGGCAGAGCUGGGCACCACACUGCAUUCCCCACAUGGGGGCUGUCAGGGAGGGCCUGGGCUCAGGGCUGGGGCCAGGGUGCAUCUGGCCAUGUCAGAGCCCUUCACAGCCUCGCUCAGGUUCACGCUGGGGAGUCGGCCCCACAGCUUCUUUCACUCAGUUUUAUUCCGUGCCUUCUCUCCCAGGUCUCCCUGCUUCAGGCUUGGGAAGGUUCGGGAGAUGCUUCCUUCUGUAGUAACACCGGAACCAUUUGGCCUUAAUUCCAGGUGUGGAGACAGACUCCCUGGGGUGCUGGAGUGGCCCUCCGAGGGUAAAGCCGUGUUCUAACCCUAGGGCCCCUGGGAACAAACAACAUGGGGGCGCUUGUUAAAGGCCAUUCACAUGGGAUAGCAAUUUGGUGGAUUUGUUGGCCAAAAACACAUCCACUUGCCUCUCCUGUGGCAUGGAGAGCUGAACCCAGGGCUCUCAAUUUUGGGAGUUGCUUUGGCAAAGCUGGCAGAUGGCAGCCCUUCUCUGUAGCUAACCAGUCCCUGAGUGAUUAGCUUGGUUGAUUCGGGUGAGUGUAGAGAUGCCACAGUAAAAGGGCAACCUCUUAAAAAUGUCCUCAGGAGACAGGAGCUAUGAGCAGGUCCACAGCAGGUCCAGGCCCUCUGCACAUUUCAGGGGUGAAGGAUGUCUGCCGGCUGCUUUGCAGAGGCUCCAGACAAGCUGCCCCGAGUCUCCUGCAGUAUUUCCAAGCACAUGCUCAUUUUUUCAUGGGGACUGCUGGCUUUAAUCAAGGUGCACUAACCACCUCAAGACAAACCUACUCCUUGUUGGUUGACAGGAGCCCAGUCCUCGGUGCGGCCUCCCUGCUGCAGGCCUCAGCUACAGGCCCACCAUUGAAGUUGCACUUGCACCGUCCCCAGCUCCUGACACACCUCUACAGCCCCCAGUGUCUAGGAGGAGCGAGACUGCCUGAGGGUUUACUCUCCAUCCUGCCUUGCACACAAAACCACAUGGGCUCUGCUCUCUGGGAAUCUAGCUUUUAGCAAACUUGGCAUCUUCCACAGACAAUAGCAAUUGGCCUGGCUUAUGAGCAAGUGGCUCAUUUUUCCCAUAAGGCUAAAAAUAACUGGUACGCUCUUGAGCUCGCUGACAUGUGAUAAAGGCACUUUGUAGCCAUCACUUGCAUUCACUUGUCCUCUAGACGAGGGAACGCCACGUCGACAGGCCGAGUCCAAAUGGUUCUCACCUCCUUUCUCCGAAGGAAGGACCCCGAUUGGGACACUUUGCUUAAACUUACACGUUUUACUACAUCAAAAGGCUGAUGGCUCAAGCUCUUAUUUGCAGGAAGCCUCUGGCCCAGUGGCCCUCAGAGAUUGUGUCGAUAGCCUCUGGAAGGUGAGCAGGUCGGGUGCCUGGUGGGGAAUCGAUCGGCUCAGCUCAGUUUGCUAUCGUUCCCACCUGAGGCACAUCCACUUAGGACUCCGGGAAGCCAACCCAGAGAGCUGGUGACCCUGGCUACACAGGGCACUUGCCUGACCCCUGCCUGGUGGGUCAUGGAGGCUGGGGCAGUUGUGGAAAGCGCAUGUGCUCGUGUCCUCAGAAGCUGAGAUGGGCGGCCCUGGCACCAAGAGGGGCCACACUGAGAGCGGCCACAGAGGCAACGCAGCCUCUAAAGCAGACCUUCCUGUGGAAGGCGGAGGUCGGGCACCUCCUGGUCCAUGCCACAGUGAGGGUGGGAGUGAGUGCAGCCGUGGUCAAGUCCUGAAGCAGCCCCAGGAAGGGAGGCACAUGGGGGCAGGUGUGUCCAGCCUGCCACCUACCCUUCUGCUCAGGCCCGGUGAUGGGAAAAGACAAGCAGUGGAGCAGAAUCACACCCUCAUCCUCCUUACCUCUCCCCAAGCAGAUCUCAUUGACCAGCAUGCCCAGCUCAGAGCACUUACGGGCAGAAGUGAUCCAGGCCCAAGAUAGGGAUGGGUCCUUUCUGCCUCCUCAGGACCCUCUUGCCCGUUCCCACUCCCAGCAAAGCUCCUAGCCCAAGCCCACAAAAGCAGCAGUUAGGGGAGAAAAUGGUAGUGUCCCUAACACUUAGAGAAAGAAAUGGUCUUCAUUUGGUUUCAUGAUUUUCUUUUCAUAAGAGAGAGAGAGGCUCCAUCUGGAAGGUGCCAUCAUGUUUCCUGAGCUGCCACACCACCCAGGGAGGCCUGUUUCCAUGCCCCACUCCACUGGCCCCCAGGCUUUGUUCUUAGAGCCCCUGGAGCGAAAUCCACCCAGGAGGCUCCUUCUGACCCCCGCGUGCUUAUUGCCACGGGGCCGUGGCAGUUAAGCUCAUGUCACCCAGUGCAGCCCAUAUGGCAGGGCAGGAGCCUCACUUUUGUCGGGGCACUGCCUAUGAAUUCUGCCUCUGUGGGGAGAUUGAGAAGUGCAGGGCCGGGAGGCCAGCUGUGCAGACCAUCUACUGAGAGGGCCCUGGGAGGACAACGGUGGGCUGUGGCGCCAGCACUGCCCGGUGGGGAAGAGGUGCCCACUGUCACAUGGCCUUCCCUCUCGCUCCAGAAGCCAUUGGAACAAACAGGACCUGCCGUCUGCCUGUGGGGGCCUGGGCCUGAGGUCAGGGCCCAGCCUCACCGUUUACAUUACCGUAAACCUCUUGCCUUACUCGCGGUGGAGGCUGGAGCUGGCCCAGGACCCACGGACAGCCCUGUCUAGGCCCACCAGGAGCUUGUUCUGACCAUACAUAGGGGUUUGCAUUCUCAGAAAGCCUUACUUUUCAAAACAAUUUUUGUAGCAGGAAAGUUUUGUGAAUUUGUAUGCUGAAAAAAUUUCAAUAAAGGAAAAGUCCACAUUAAAAAGAAACCCAAAUUUCCAAACGGGUCUUCUAGGCUGGGGGCAGCGGGUGGGGCGUGUCUGGUUUUCCAUGCGCUGGCAGAUGCUGUGAGGGGGCGUCAGGGCACUGCCUGCCAGACCAAGCCUCUAGCAAAUAAAACGCGCCUGGGUCCCGUGCCUUGGGCUUGGGCUUGGCAUUGUGCAGACGGUAGCGCCGGGCACAGAGCAGGCGGCCACAUGCUGGGGCUGGGCGCUCCAGUCCAACUGGGCAGUGAUGCUGCACCUUGCCACACGCACGCCAUCGGCCAAACCCCUCCUGUUGGUGCCAGUCAGAGAAAAACAUGUCUCUUUAAAAAGAAAAACUUUGUUUUUAAUUGCAGGCUGAAGCGGAGCUCUUAGAGCCUAGAUAGGAUAGUCUGACCUAGCAGUAUCUGGCAGAUGAAUUUUCAGCACGGGGAGAUGUCCUGGGAGACAGCAUGUAGACUGUCCCUCAGGCUGUAGCGUGCUUUCCCAAACUAGAUGGCGUUGGCGUUGCAGAGCUUCAGCAAGUGGUGACCAGAGAGCCCAGUGUUGGGCCAGGCCCCUGCCCAGGGCCAAGUGCUCUGUGCACAGAGGGUGCAGGUCUGUGUCCCCCCAACGCCACCCACCGCAGCCCGUCCUCUCAGGGCAGGCCGUGACUGUCUUGCACUAGAGCCACUCUAGUCUCUCAGGAAUUUGCUUGUUACUUUUACUGUGUAAAUAAAGCUUCCUGGUUCAGUAUCCAGCUGCCUGGAGCUGGCUAUGUGGUUUCUGUUGGGUGCAGCAAACCGGCAGGCCCAGCCCUGCCCCUAGGAGCAUUUGCUCUGGUCUGGGGGGCACAGACUGGAUCCUUCUGUCCUCCCAAGCCUCAGGGUCAGGAUCCAUUUAGGGGAGGGAGGUGACAUCUCACAGUUACGCCACAAGGCUCAGACACAGGACGGCUGUGUGAACAACUGUAGGGGAAGGCCCGGGCCAUGGCUGCGGUCCUGGGGGCCCUUCUAGAGGCAGGCUGUCCAGGCAGCCCCAUGCCCAGGGGCAGUGUGCAUGCGUUCGUAGGUAGAGGAGCCCAGCCUCUCACUCUGGCUAGGAGCCAGGGCCCCCGGGGCAGCACAGGGGUGGCCCUCCCUCUGUAAUUUCUAAGUCUGUGCUUUUCACAGAUCAUGGUCUUUUUGUGUGAGCACAUCAGCCUCACCCCCUCUUCAGCCCCCAAGCCAGGCCAGCUCACAGGCGCAUCUGACAUGAGGCUUCAUCUGUGGGACACUGGACAGCCUUCUGGUCUGUGGAAGGCACAUAUGAGCGAUUCGAGGUCAAGCCACACAAGCCACACAGUCCAGAUGUGCCUCGAAGUGCCUAGAAGGAAGACCAAGAGGGAACCUUCCCAGAGAGCAACUGUAGUCAAACUGAGUAACGAAUGGGUUUUUAAAAUACUUUCUUGUUAAAUUUCCUACAAUAAUAUAUACUACUUUUAUAAUCUAAGAAAAUUAAAACUUAAAGAAACAGAUAAUGCAAACUGCCCAGCAGAUCCUCUAAACCAGGACACUUCAUCCCCCCAACCCCCCGCCCAG